AUGGCUGAAUCUUUUAAACCGACUCCGAGCUUGCGGAGUGAAAAAGUUGAAAAGAUUACGAGGGAUGUUUUAUACUGGCGUCGAAUGAAGCAGUUGGCAAUUUUUCAAGAACCGGGAAAUAUUACCAGUACGAGUUUUCCACCGUCGAAAGACUCAGGUCUGGUAGCAGUUACAUCAUCGGUUAAAUUGUCACUAUAUGAUCCAUGUACUUCGGAAUUGAUAACCUCAUAUAGUCGUUCUAAACAAUCUGUGUACGGUGCUCGUUUUCGAAAUGAUGGAAGACUUAUUGCUAUCGGUGGUGAAGAAGGUAAAGUAAAAAUUUUUGAUGUAAAAAAUUACGGAUCGAGUGCGACUGGGUCAAAAGCUCCUUUACGAAAUUAUCCUGCUCAUUCUUCUGCCGUCCAUACUGUUUUGUUUUCCGCAUCUGGAAAAAGACUAAUAACAAUGGGUGACGAUCAUAAAAUUUGCGUAUUUGAUAUUACAGAGACGAAAGGAGAUCCGUGCAUCGUUUUUGAAAAUGCACAUAAUGACCAUAUGAGAUGUGGUGAUGCAUCUGCUAUCAAUGAGAACUUAUUUGCCAGUGGCUCUUACGAUCAUUCGGCAAAGAUUUGGGACGCAAGAAAUGAAGAAAAGCAAGAACUAUUGAAGAUUAAUCAUGGUUCACCUAUUGAACAAGUUCUUUUUCUUCCCGGUGAUACUUUUCUCAUCACUGCUGGAGACCAUUUGAUUAAAAUAUGGAAUAUUGCUCGCGGAGGACGUCUCUCUCACGUCAUGUGCAAUCAUCAUAAAACGGUAACAUCGUUAUGCCUGGCUUCGAAUGGAACUCGUUUACUUUCUGCUGGUCUCGAUAAGCGAAUCAAUAUAUUUUCUCUUAACACUGGUGAUUAUAAAUUGUUAUAUUCAUUAACUAUGCCAGCAGCAAUCCUUACUUUGGCUAUUUCAAAAAAUGAUAUGUAUAUGGCCAUUGGCAUGGGUAAUUUGCUAAGUAUAUUUCGUAGAGAACCGUCUACUCCUAUGGAAAUUUCACUAAGCGAGGCAAAAAUUCAAAAUGCUGGACUUGAAUAUCGUAGAAAAAUAAGAGUGGCUGCACCAAAGCCACGCGCGCAGGAGCGAGGUGGUAGCAGAAAGACUAUUGAAAUAACUGCACCAGCAGUUGAUAAAAAUCGAAUCGGAAGAAUUGAUCAUCUACUUCGGCAGUAUUGCCACUGGAAGGCAAUUGAUGUAUUAUUUAAAGGGAAAUAUUAUGUUUCCGCAAAACCUGAUCUUAUUGUUGCUACUUUCACGGAAAUUCAUAAACGUCGUGCAUUAGCGGUCGCCUUAGCAGGUCGUAAGUACGAUACAAUUCGCCCUAUCACUAUGUUUCUUCUUCGCAAUCUUUUCUUGCCGAAUUAUUUCCCAAUGUUAUCAGUCGUUGCAGAGACCUUAUUUGACGUUUAUGGCGAUAAAGUACUUGACCAUCAAACUUUGAAAUUGUUCCAGAAACUAACUGAGGCUGUAAAUAGGGAGCACAUUGUACAAAAGAAUCUUCUUCAGCUUCAAGGUGCUUUAGAAAUUUUGUUUACAAUGUCGAGAUCAUACAAAAAUUAUUAUUCGGAUAAUGAUAAUGAAAUUUUCGGAGACGUAUCAAUAACACCUCUUCCAUUUUCAAUGAAUGAAAAGGACCAUUUAGAAAAUGAUUUAGAAAAUUUUAAAGAGGAUUUGCCUAUGAAUGGUAUAAAUAAUGGUCAUCGUGAACGAUGUAAAUAA